AUGGUGGCUGCCCAGGAGACUUCUCAGGCCUGGUCUUCACUGGGAGAGGAGGGGCCGGCUAGCAUGAAAAAGGACAAGAACCAUGGCAGGGAGGAGGCAGACUGCAGGGCAGAGCUGAUCCUCAUCAACGGAGACUGCGCUGAUCCUGCUAAGGACAAACCUUCCCUUGUUCUGGAAGCGAACGGGAAGCCCGAUGCUCCAGAUGCUGGGAAACUGGGAUUGCCGUCGCUCAGGAACAAGAGGAUGAGCAAGGGCGACCUCUCCAAGGAGGACCUGUCCUGGCCGCUCGCUCUCGCGGAGGCUCAGGAGGAGAGGGUGGGCGCGUGCCCUUGGCUCACUCGGGGUGUCCCGCUUGCCUUUCAGGAUGGGAAGGAGUUUGGAAUCGGGGAGCUGGUGUGGGGGAAGAUCAAAGGUUUCUCUUGGUGGCCUGCGAUCGUCGUCUCCUACAGAGCCACCUCGAAGCGCCAGGCUGUCUCCGGCAUGCGCUGGGUGCAGUGGUUCGGAGACGGGAAGUUCUCGGAGGUUUCUGCAGACAAGCUGGUGGGGCUGAUGGCGUUUAGGCAGCAUUUCAAUUCUUCCACUUUUAAUAAACUGGUCUCCUAUCGGCGAGCCGUGUACCAUGCCCUGGAGGUUGCGAGGAGCCGCUCAGGGAAGACUUUUGCAACCACCCCCGGGGAGUCUCUAGAGGAGCAGCUGAAGCCCAUGAUCGACUGGGCGCUCACCGGCUUCAAACCCUUAGGCUUCAAGGGACUGAAACCCCCUAAAAUACCAGAGAACGGAGCCCUGAGGAACGGCACGGAGGAGGUGCUGCCCCUCGAGCAGUGUCCCCCCACCAAGAGGCUAAAGACCAACCCCUGCAACAACAACAAGGAGCAGCGGGUGGAGGAGGAUCAGACCCGAGAGCAAAUGGUUUCUGAAGUUGCAAACAACAGUGGGAGUCUUGAAGACAGCUGCUUGUCGUGCGGCAGGAAAAACCCGGCCACCUUCCACCCGCUGUUCGAGGGAGGCCUCUGCCAGACGUGCAGGGUAAGUGCUGCCCAGCUGGGGGAAGGGUGGGCGCAGGCACCCCAGGGGGCUGCGUUCCCUGGAGGGGUUUUGGGGGUGACAAGCACAAGGCGCUGCGGUUUGGGCAGGUGCUUCUGUGUCGAGUGUCUGGAGGUCCUGGUGGGGCGAGGGACGUCAGCAAAGGCAAAAGAGCAAGAGCCCUGGAAUUGCUACAUGUGCCAGCCCCAGAAGAGCUACGGGGUCCUCCAGCGCCGGCAGGACUGGAACACCCGCCUGCAGGACUUCUUCACCAGUGACAAAGGACAGGAAUACGAUGCACCCAAGAUAUACCCAGCAGUCCCACCCACAAAGAGGAGGCCUAUUAGGGUGCUGUCUUUAUUCGACGGCAUAGCAACAGGCUACCUGGUGCUGAAGGAAUUGGGCAUUAAAGUGGAGAAGUACAUCGCCUCGGAGAUCUGCGAAGACCCCAUCGCUGUGGGAACCAUGCGGCAUGAAGGCAACAUCACCUACGUGCAUGAUGUCAGGAACAUAACCAAGAGAAACAUUGAAGAGUGGGGUCCCUUUGACUUGGUGAUCGGUGGCAGCCCCUCUAACGAUAUUUCCAUUGUGAAUCCUGCCAGGAAGGGGCUGUACGAAGGAACCGGGAGGCUGUUCUUUGAAUUUUAUCAUCUCCUUAACUACGCUCGUCCCAAGGCAGGAGAGGAACGUCCCUUCUUCUGGAUGUUUGAGAACGUGGUGGCCAUGAGAGUCAAUGACAAGAGGGACAUUUCUCGGUUUUUGGAGUGUAACCCAGUUAUGAUCGACGCUAUCAAGAUAUCAGCUGCCCACAGAGCACGCUAUUUCUGGGGCAACCUACCAGGGAUGAACAGGAUCUUCGGCUUCCCCCUCCACUACACAGACGUCUCCAACAUCGGCCGCGGUGCUCGCCAGAAGGUGCUUGGGAGAUCCUGGAGCGUCCCCGUCAUCCGGCACCUCUUUUCCCCGCUCAAGGAUUACUUCGCCUGUGAAUAGCAAGUAGAGCUUGCCUUGUCUCUCUGGUAAAGAUGCAGCGCUCCACUGCCUUUGUGGGAGAGGGACGGACAGACAGCCCCAACCUCCCGCAAGCUCCACGACUUCCUCGACACCAUCCCUCCCCGGCCACGUGCUGCGGGAAGGAGCGUGGCCCCGCAGGGAGAGCUUAGGAAAUGUCUUUAACCAAAGAACCUGGUAGGGUAACUUCUCUUUAAAGGGACUAACGACAGUGAUACUUGGAAAAUGAUGGACAAAAAAGAGCUUUAAUUACCCAGCACAGGAAGCUGUAUGCGUAAUUGAUGAGACGAGACAUCUUCUCAGAGCAUUAAAUAUUCCAUUUUAACGUAGAGCUGUAAAGUUACAACUUGCUGAGCAGCAAGUGUGGAGGCAGCUGCCGGGGUGCUGCAGACAAACUUGAACUAUAGAGAAACGAUGCUUUUCUUAAAAACAAACAAAACCUCUCUUGAAACAACUGCUAAGAAAAACCAAAACUGUAGCAGCAGGUGUAAAGGAGCCUGGUCAGGUUACAUACACUGAACAUGCAGGAUACAGAAACCAAAUUUCUUUUUUUUAAGACUUUUUUGUUAAACUUUGAUUUUGUUGUUUAACGUCUGUUGCUGCUUUAAGGCAUUACAUAAGAAUGUGGAGAUUCCUAGACCUGAAUGUAGCUGAAACUGAACUGUGAGGUGAUAGAAUUACUCUUCUAGUUAGAACUAAAGAAAUGUUUUAUGUUUGGCUGUAGUUUACAAAUACUCACUACUUCCUUUCUAAAGCAUUUAAAGUUUUCCCUUACUUUUAAAAAUCCUGCUGAGUGAUUUGAAAGGUUAAACAGUAAUCCAAGAGCAUGGAGGAUUUGGGUUCUGGUGUCCAUAAAGG